AUGGUGGCUCUCGGGCAGUCCGGAGAUCCUCACGGAGCCGCCGAGUUCUUCCGCAAGAUGCCCGAGCACGGCCUCGUUCCCUCCACUGCCAUUGUCACUGCCUUCGCCCAGAACGCAGCGGCGGCGGCGGCGGCAACACCCAGUGACGCUCGAGAAGUGAUGUCGAGGAUGCCGCAGCACAGCGUUGUCUCCUGGACAGCCAUGAUCGUCGCCUUGUCGCAGCACAAACUCUUGUCCGAGGCUCGAGCAGUGUUUGACAGCAUGCCGGAGAAGAACAUCGUCUCCUGGACCGCUCUCUUGCAAGCGUAUGCUCUGGGCAUGGACGUCGACCGAGCACUGUCCCUGUUCCAGGAGAUGCCGGAGCGUAACUUGGUUUCCUGGAACUCGAUGCUUGGAGCCUGUGCUCAGUCGGGAGAGUUUCAGCUGGCCAUUGAAACGUUCCACUGCAUGCUCUUGGACGGAAGCAGGCCAAACGAGAUCAGCUUCACGAUUGUCCUCGGUGCUUGCAGCCAUGGCGGCUGCCUGGACAAGAGCCGGGACUACUUCACGUCGAUGGUCAUUGAUCACGGCGUCCAGCACGAAAAGGAGCAUUACUAUGCCAUGGUUGACGUUCUCGGACGAGCUGGCCGGCUGUCCAAGGCGGAGGAGCUGAUCAAAACCAUGCCUUUCGUGCCUGCGUCUGCGCAGUACGAAGUUCUUCUCGGUGCGUCUACUGUCCAACGUAAUGCUCAAGUCGGAGGCCGAGCAGCUGAGGGGCUAAUUGCGUUGGACCCAGGUAACAGUUCACCUUAUGUUUUGCUCGCUAAUAUCCAUGCCUCUACUGGUAACCGAGAACAAGUAGCUGCUUUGUGGAAGGCGAUGAAGGACAAGGGCGUGAGAAAGCCUCCAGGAAUGAGCCUGCCCGUGGAUGUGUGA